AUGUCGGAUCGUGAAAAGCAAGGUGGCAAAGAACGUGCCAAAGCUACGUCUCGCUCAUCUAGAGCAGGCCUGCGGUUCCCUGUAGGUCGUAUCCAUCGUCGUCUCCACAAAGGCAGUUAUGCCGAGCACAUCGGGGCUCAUGCGCCGGUGUACCUUGCUGCAGUUUUGGAGUAUUUGACAGCUGAGAUCUUAGAGUUGGCAGGCAAUGCGUCCUGCGACAACAAGAAGAUGCGCAUUGCCCCGCGCCACUUGCAGCUGGCCAUCCGCAAUGACGAGGAGCUCAACAAGCUGCUGGGCUGUGUGACUAUCGCUCAGGGCGGUAUCCUGCCCAACAUCCAGGCGGUGCUGCCACCCAAGAAGACUGAGAGUCAUCACCCCAAGGUCCAGAGCAAGUAAUUCGUACAAGUGGCAUCUGGGUGACCUACGUGUUUGAAGGGGAAGCAAAAACAAAAGGCUCUUUUCAGAGCCACACAAUUCCAGAGAAAAGCUGUGCAUAAGUAAAGGGCUAAUAGUUGUGCUAGUAAUCCAGGAAAAAACUGCCAGGAAAAGUUAUGGUUUAGCCUGUAAUGAAAAUAUUUGAUUUUUAUAACAGAUUAGCUGUGAAAAAGGCAAAGUAGUUGAUCUGUGCUGUAAACACCAAGAGGAGUUAAGCAAGAUGCUACUG